CAUGAAAUAAAAAAGAAAUGAAAACAAAAGUACAAAACAAAGUAAACACUUGCAAACUCAGAUCCUUAUGUUACUUUAGAUCUGAAUUAUCAUCAAACCUUUCACAUGAAUUUCCCAUAGCUCCUCUCUCCUCAAACACCAAACCUAAAAAAAAAAAAAAAAAAAAAAAAACUAAGGUACUUAGUACCUACCCUUAUUCUUAGUCUCAUACCCUUACAUGUCUUUGAUUAAUUAAUCAAAAAAAUGGAAAAAGUAGCUCCUCCUCUUCUUCCUCUUCAUCCUCCUAUGUUAUCAUCACAUCAAUUUUACGAUUCAUCAAACACCAAAAAACGUGAUCUAUUAUCAUCAUACGACGUCGUUCACAUCCCAAACGAUAAUUGGAACCCUAAAGAAUGGAAUUGGGACAGUAUCCGUUUCAUGACAGCAAAAUCAACAACAGUAGAACCACAACAGGUCGAAGAAUCUCUAAACUUAAAUCUCGGAAGCACGGGACUCGUACGACCAAACAAACGAAUCCGUUCAGGAUCUCCAACAUCGGCUUCAUAUCCGAUGUGUCAAGUUGAUAACUGCAAAGAAGAUCUAUCAAAAGCGAAGGAUUAUCAUCGUCGUCAUAAGGUGUGCGAAGCUCAUAGUAAAGCUUCUAAGGCUUUGUUAGGGAAUCAAAUGCAACGGUUUUGUCAACAGUGUAGUAGGUUUCAUCCGUUGGUGGAGUUUGAUGAAGGGAAACGGAGUUGUAGACGGAGACUUGCUGGUCAUAAUCGGCGUAGGAGGAAAACGCAGCCGGAUGAAGUGGCGGUUGGAGGUUCGCCGCCGUUGAAUCAGGUUGCUGCUAAUUUGGAGAUUUUUAACUUGUUGACUGCUAUUGCUGAUGGUUCUCAAGGAAAAUUUGAGGAAAGAAGGUCACAAGUUCCAGAUAAAGAGCAGCUUGUACAAAUUCUGAAUAGGAUCCCUUUACCUGCUGAUCUUACUGCAAAGUUGCUGGAUGUUGGUAAUAAUUUGAAUGCGAAAAAUGAUAAUGUCCAAAUGGAAACUUCACCCUCCUAUCAUCAUCGCGAUGAUCAACUGAACAAUGCCCCCCCUGCCCCGUUAACUAAGGAUUUUCUUGCUGUUCUUUCCACGACUCCAUCCACACCUGCUCGAAAUGGCGGCAACGGGUCCACAAGUAGUGCCGAUCAUAUGAGAGAAAGAAGCAGCGGCAGCUCUCAGUCUCCAAAUGAUGAUUCAGAUUGCCAGGAGGAUGUUCGAGUUAAAUUGCCGCUGCAACUUUUUGGCUCCUCUCCAGAAAACGACAGCCCGUCUAAAUUGCCAUCUUCGCGAAAGUAUUUUUCAUCGGAAAGUAGUAAUCCUGUGGACGAAAGGACGCCGUCGUCAUCUCCUCCUGUUGUGGAGAUGAAUUUUGGUUUGCAAGGUGGGAUUAGAGGUUUCAAUUCUAAUUGUAUUUCCACUGGAUUUGGAGGCAAUGCAAAUAAGGAAACUAGCCAAAGUCAUAGUUGUACUACUAUCCCUCUUGAUCUCUUUAAAGGUUCAAAAUCUAAUAACAUGAUUCAACAAUCUAGUUCAGUUCAAAGUGUUCCAUUUAAAGCUGGUUAUGCAUCUUCAGGCUCUGAUUAUUCACCUCCCAGUUUGAAUUCAGAUACUCAGGAUCGUACUGGGAGAAUAAUGUUUAAAUUGUUUGACAAGCAUCCUAGCCAUUUCCCAGGAACGCUGCGAACACAGAUUUACAAUUGGCUUUCUACACGGCCAUCAGACUUGGAGAGUUACAUAAGGCCCGGCUGUGUUGUCCUAUCAAUUUAUGCUUCAAUGUCUUCUGCUGCUUGGGUGCAAUUAGAAGAAAACUUCCUCCAACGUGUUGAUUCUUUAAUUCAUAACUCAGAUUCUGAUUUCUGGAGAAAUGGAAGAUUUCUUGUUUAUUCUGGCAGUCAGUUAGCAUCACACAAAGAUGGAAGGAUACGCAUGUGCAAACCAUGGGGAACAUGGAGGUCUCCAGAGUUGAUAUCAGUGUCUCCUUUGGCAAUUGUUGGUGGACAGGAGACUUCUAUUUCAUUGAAGGGAAGAAACCUGUCUGCUCCUGGCACAAAGAUUCAUUGCACUGGUGCUGACUGUUAUACAUCGUCAGAAGUUAUAGGAUCAGGAGAUCCUGGUAUGGUCUAUGAUGAGAUAAAAUUGAGUGGUUUUGAAGUUCAGAAUACAUCUCCUAGUGUUCUAGGUCGCUGUUUCAUUGAGGUUGAAAAUGGUUUCAAGGGAAACAGUUUUCCAGUGAUAAUAGCCAAUGCGUCCAUUUGCAAGGAGUUGAGACCGCUUGAGUCUGAAUUUGACGAGGAGGAAAAAAUGUGUGAUGCCAUUUCAGAGGAGCAUGAACAUCAUUUUGGGAGGCCCAAGUCAAGGGAUGAGGCUUUGCACUUUUUGAAUGAGCUUGGUUGGCUGUUUCAAAGGGAAAGGUUCUCGAAUGUGCACGAGGUUCCAGAUUAUUCGCUCGACAGGUUCAAAUUUGUACUGACGUUUUCUGUGGAAAGAAACUGUUGCAUGUUGGUCAAAACCCUUCUGGAUAUGCUGGUUGAUAAACACUUCGAAGGAGAAGGGUUGUCAACAGGGUCAGUGGAGAUGCUGAAAGCAAUCCAACUUCUAAAUAGAGCAGUGAAAAGAAAGUGCACAAGCAUGGUUGAUUUGCUCAUUAACUAUUCUAUAACUAGCAAAAAUGACACAUCCAAGAAAUAUGUAUUUCCACCGAAUCUUGAGGGCCCUGGUGGCAUUACUCCCUUGCAUUUGGCAGCAUCUACAACGGAUUCUGAGGGUGUAAUUGACUCUUUAACAAAUGAUCCACAGGAGAUUGGGUUGAAGUGCUGGGAAACCCUUGCGGAUGAAAACGGGCAGACUCCACAUGCCUAUGCCAUGAUGAGAAAUAAUCACUCUUAUAAUAUGUUGGUUGCUCGUAAAUGUUCCGAUAGACAAAGAAGUGAAGUUUCAGUUAGAAUUGAUAAUGAGAUAGAGCACCCAUCACUGGGAAUUGAGCUAAUGCAAAAGCGAAUUAACCAAGUCAAACGAGUUGGGGACUCCUGUUCCAAGUGUGCAAUUGCAGAAGUUCGCGCCAAAAGAAGAUUUUCCGGUUCACGGAGCUGGCUUCACGGUCCCUUUAUUCAUUCGAUGCUAGCUGUUGCUGCUGUUUGUGUAUGUGUUUGUGUGUUAUUCCGUGGAACCCCUUAUGUAGGCUCAGUUUCUCCCUUCAGGUGGGAAAACUUGAAUUAUGGCACAAUGUAAUUCUGUUGGUGAAUGAAAACUCAAAGGUAUUGAGAAGCAUAAAACCAGGGCGAAAGGAUGAACUUCAGUUGUGCAUUUUGCGAUGAGAGCAAAAAAAUGAACAUAUUAGAGGUUAAUUUGGAGCUAUAUCUUGGCAGAUCGAGGAGAAACUAGAGAUGGACUUAAUGCUGCGUAUUUCGCUGUGAUGCCAGAGUUGUAAGUUACACCUGAAUGUUGGGUGUCGAAAUUUUAUAACUGAAGAAAUCUUCCACUUUUUAGACCAGAUAGAACAUAACCUCACAAUAUAUGGACAGAAAAUUAUGAGAGCAGUAAGCAUUGGGAAUAAAGAGAAACUGAGUUGGGUAAAUGUUUGAUGCAAUCAAAUAAUUUGGUUCAUUGCCUCCUUUUUUCUCAAGGAUCAAUGACUAAAAAAUUACCUGCUAUAGAACUAUGCAUCAUGUUCUAAUGCAUAGGUUUCGUUACUGUAAAGUUUAUUUGAGGAUAUGAUAAUAGGGGAUGACCAUACUAUAUGAUUACAAAGUGUAAUAGUAAAUUUUAAGUUAUAAUCUAAUGUAAUUGAUGUUUCAGUUUUCAAUCA